ACCCUCUGUAAAAAAGGUGAGGGAACUACAAAAACUGAUCAGACGGUGACAUCUGUAUACAUUCGUAACAAAAUGGAAAAUAAACUAAUUUGCAGGUGAAAUAGUUCUACGGUUUGACACAAAAACAUGAUAGGCGGCUGCAUAUGUAGUUUGACCUCAAAAAAUUGUUCCAAAAGGUUUUUCAACAGUUUUUUGUAGUAUCAGGUGUGCUUAAUAACAUACCAAAAGUCUACCAGUCAGACCACUGGAAAGGUCUAAUUUUCAAGAUGGCGUCUAAGAUGGCUGCCAAAUCCUUAAAAUACCCAUUAUUCCUUCAUUAUUCAACAUAGACAAAUAAUUUUGGAGGCUAAUCCUCACCACCCUCCACACAAGACACACUGAGAGACAUUAAAACAAACAUUUGGACAUACUAAAAAAAAACCAAAAAAGUAGAAUUGACUAACGCAGGGUAGCCAUCUCACGGCGCCCCCACCGACCUCCGGUCUUGGAUGUUUAGGUGGGGUUUGGCGGCUCCCUGCGGAUGCGGCGAGCCUGCUGGAUGUCUUUGGGCAUGAUGGUGACUCGCUUGGUGUGGAUGGUGCAGUAUAGCCAGUGCAGUGAGUAGGACAUAUCUUUCAAAGAGAAUGUGUAAUGAUUUCCAAUGAGUUUUAUGUCUUAAUUCCACUUCUCUUCUAGUUUCUUGAAAUCUCCUCUCAGGGAUUCCCAGGCUGUUAGAUAUUCACCCAACCAGCCAAUCAUUGGGCUUAAUAGAAAUGAAAUGUGGUUGGAAGGGAGCAACGUCCUUUUGCUCUCAGGACCAGCUCCUACUUCCCUGACUGUAAAAUCGUGGAAAUGGGGAUUCUCCAAAGGCAAAUAUCAGGAAAAUCAAACUUUAGCUGCUUUAUGGUUGCACAUAAUCCAGGUCACGUUUGGACGAGUCAUGUUGGGGGCAUCGAACUUAGUCGACCAUCAUUGACCGAUUAGGGUGAAUUGUCACUAACUCUGCACCCACAAUGCAUAAGAAUGGUAAUCAGAAUAGGAAUGCCAAUUAGAAUUGGUUUGAUGAAAUCAUCCGCAUCUAUUUUAUUUAAAAGAUUUCUAUUCUCCCACUUUAAUAAUGCUGUUGAACUUGGGCCUAAAAUUCAUAUGUGGGAAGGAGUGGCUGCUUUAGCCUAAUGGUUGUCCUCUCCAACGCUUCUGUCACAUGGACCUGGAUUUUAUUUUAUUUUUUUAAAUGGCGACAAUUUUAAGGUAGUUGGGAUGUAAUAAGCGCCAAAGAUUUUCUUACCUAAACUCUGCCUGGUACAUGGGAUUAAUAUAGUUUUCGUUUUAGAGAUACAGUGUGGAAACAGGCCAUUCGGCACACCGUGUCCACGAUGACCAGCUAUCUCCGUCCACUUUCACUAUCCUCCACAAGUCAAUUACCCUACAAACCUGUAUAUCUUUGGAGUAUGGGAGGAAAUUGGAGAUCCCAUAGAAAACCCACACAGGUCAUGGGGAGAACGUACAAACUCCCUACAGACACGCUCCCAUAGUCAGGAUCAAACCCGGGUCUCUGGCGUUGUUAUGCAGCAACUCUACUACUGCGCCACUGUGCCACCCACGAUAGGUACUGUAUGACACUAAUGAUGUCCAACAUAUCAAACCUUAUCACGAGGCACACAAUAUUUCAGCUCAUUCAGCACAAUAUUUCCAGCUCCGAAAAUCAGCAACAGUACAAAAGGCAGCAAGCUGAAUCUGUUCAGAGUCUACAGUUUGGAAAUGAUUGAGAGGUGAACAGCCCCACAGAUGUGCAUGCUGUCCUGAUCAAUAAUUAAUUUAAGCUAAAACCUGCAAUUAAUAGUACUUUGUGAAAUAUGCUCUAAAUGUGUUCCCUUGUUGGUUCCAUUGCUUCUGCAUUUUUUGAAGGAGUGAGGUGUGGACACUGAGGAGGGAACUGGACACCAGAGAAUAACAGCUUCUGCAUGGAUUUAAAUGGGACUGAGUGAUCUUAUGGUGUUUGGGUUGGGGUGGAGUUGAGUGGGGAACGGUAAUGAUGGAACAUCAGUGAUUGCCAAAGUUAAUCUUGGCUGAUGAAGCCUCAGUAGAAUCUGCUGUCUGAUGCAUUACGUGAUCAAAAAUCUCAGUCUCUUGCUUCACCAAUAAGAUCGGGUCAAGCUAAUAUUUUUGUGCUACUCAUUCAGAGAUGUUUAACAAUUGGCUCCCUCUACCAUAACUGCACGUUGGAGAUUUGGAAAAAUCACUUGGAAGAUUAUCGUUAAUGUGCAUUUUUCUCUGUGUUUUUGUAGGUGGAGUUGAUCCCAUUGUCAGAGGAUUGUUGAACAGACCUUCAAAACUACAGACACAGACCAAGAUGAUGCACGAUGAACUGCGAGAGAGGCUAUUUGAGACGUUUUCACAAAUAGGGCUGGAUCUGGGUUCUCUGAACAUGCAGCGUUCCCGUGAUCACGGAAUAGCAGGUUACAAUGCAUGGAGGAGAUUCUGUGGACUUUCACAACCCAGGAACGAGUCUGAACUAUCUGAAGUGCUCAACAAUAGCGAUCUUGCAAGAAAGUUCAUUGAUCUCUAUGGGACACCAGACAACAUUGAACUUUGGAUAGGAGGAAUCUCUGAACCAUUCGUGGAAGGAGGGAAGGUUGGACCUUUGUUGGCCUGCUUGUUAGGACACCAAUUCCAGAACCUGAGAAAUGGAGACAGGUUCUGGUGGGAAAAUGAAGGAGUGUUUACGAAGAAACAGCGCAAGGCUCUCACUAAGAUUUCCAUGUCCAGGAUAAUCUGUGAUACCACCGGGAUUGACUUACUUUCUCGGGAUGCAUUUAAAUUCAGUUCCUCUACCAAAGAUUAUGUACGCUGCAAACAAAUACCACAAGUGGACCUGAAACCCUGGAAGGAGCAGGUGAAAGGUACAAGAUCUGAGCGCAUAUCACAGACUCCACAGCCUAAUAUCACCGUUCCUGUACAUUUGACUAUAAAACUAACCAACACUGCUGGUCUGGGAUGGUUAAAAGCUGAGAGCUAGGAUUAAAUCCCAUUAACAAUUUCCUUCUUUAGCAAUUCCGAUAUUAUAUUUAACGACGUUUACUUCCUUCUGCCUCUUUUU